AUGGCGCACCACAAAACCAGCAUACUGAGGGGCCUGCUCCUUUCCAGCCUUCUGCACCUCACACUAAGCCACGAUGGAGUUUUCCUGGACAAGGAGAAGGCACUGUUGCUGCUCAAGCGCCCACGACGUGCCAACAAGGGAUUUCUGGAAGAGAUGCUUAAAGGCAACCUGGAACGAGAGUGCCUGGAGGAGACAUGUAGUUACGAGGAGGCCUUUGAAGCCCUUGAAUCCACUGUUCGCACGGAGGAAUUUUGGUCAAAAUACCAAGUGUGUCAGGGCAUAAGGAAGUCCAGGACAGUUCUGGAUGCUUGUCUACAAGGUAACUGCUCCACUGGUCUGGGCCAGAACUAUCGGGGGACAAUUAGUCACACCAAAUCAGGGAUUGAAUGUCAAAUGUGGAGAAGCAAAUAUCCACAUAUACCUAAAUUUAAUGCCACCAUUCAUCCCAGCCUCACUGAGAACUACUGCAGGAAUCCAGACAACAACCCAGCGGGCCCAUGGUGCUACACCCGAGACCCAACAGUGCCACGGGAGGAAUGUCCCAUUCCAGUGUGUGGAGAGGACAGGACCACAGUGGAGUUCACUCCACAAGUCAAGCCUCCAGCCUCAACAGAGCCAUGUGAACAAGAAAAAGGCAUGCUUUAUACUGGAACCCUCUCAGUCACCAUCUCUGGGGCUAAGUGUCUACCAUGGAACUCUGAGAAGGCCAAAGAGGUGCUCCAAGGAAAAACUAUCACCACAGAGGUGAAGCUACUGGAAAAUUACUGUAGGAAUCCUGAUGCAGAUGAUGAAGGUGUCUGGUGUGUCACAGAUGAACCACCCAACUUUGAAUACUGUGACCUGCGCUACUGUGACAGCUCCUUGGAGGAUGGAGAUGAACAGGUGGAGGGAAUAUCAGGACGCACUGUCCUUCAAGAGUUCAAAACCUUCUUUGAUGACAAAACUUUUGGUUCAGGUGAAGCAGACUGUGGCAUUCGCCCUCUAUUUGAGAAGAAAAACAUGCAAGACAAAACUGAGAAGGAGCUGCUGGAAUCCUACAUUACAAGCAGAGUUGUGGGUGGGGACGAUGCAGAAGUCGGCAGUUCCCCCUGGCAGGUGAUGCUCUACAAAAAGAGUCCUCAAGAGCUGCUGUGUGGUGCCAGCCUCAUCAGUGACAGCUGGGUCUUGACUGCUGCUCAUUGCCUUUAUUAUCCACCUUGGGACAAGAACUUAACUACAAAUGACAUCUUGGUGCGGAUUGGCAAGCACUUGAGGGCAAAAUAUGAAAAGAACAAAGAGAAAAUUGCUCUGUUGGAUAAAAUCAUCAUCCAUCCCAAAUACAACUGGAAAGAGAACAUGGACCGAGACAUUGCACUCAUGCACCUGAAGAGACCUAUCAUCUUCAGUGACUACAUCCAUCCUGUCUGCCUGCCUACCAAAGAGAUCGUGCAAAGGCUGAUGCUGGCAGGUCACAAAGGGCGGGUAACUGGUUGGGGAAACCUGAAAGAAACAUGGGCCACUAACCCGAGGAACUUGCCCACAGUUCUUCAACAGCUCAACAUCCCCAUUGUAGACCAAAAUACUUGCAAGGCAUCCACCAAAGUCAAAGUUACUGACAACAUGUUCUGUGCAGGGUAUAGACCUGAAGACUCAAAGAGAGGAGAUGCCUGUGAAGGGGACAGUGGGGGUCCUUUUGUAAUGAAGAGUCCAGAUGACAAUCGCUGGUAUCAAGUGGGAAUAGUUUCAUGGGGAGAAGGCUGUGACCGAGAUGAUAAAUACGGAUUUUAUACCCAUGUAUUCCGCCUGAAAAAGUGGAUACGAAAAACCGUUGAAAGGCAUGGGUGA